UACCCAAUUGCAUAGGCUACCUAAACCGAAGACAGUGCCGGAAGUAUCCAGAAAAGAUUAGAUGAUAUACUAAUAAUGCUACAUAAUAUUAUGUACGGUGCAUGUCUUUGACCAGAUUUUGUCCGGAUCAUUCUUGUGGUGUUUUCUUAAAUGCUCUGCAAGUCUGAAAGUUAAAUAAAAAACAUGUUUAUGUAAUGCAGGCUGGAAUUUGUUUGGGGUUUUAGUCGUUAGGAUUAUUGAUUCUGGCAAUUCUAGCAGGUUGCCACCUUUAAUUAUUGCAGUUGAAAAUCUGGUUUUAUGUCAUUGAUGCUUGAAAAUACCUAUCAAGUACCGCAAAGAACCCUAAACAUGAAUACAUUUACAAACGAAUCUGCUAUGAUUUUAUUUCUCACGUUUCAUGUAAUGUUGGCAUUUCAUUAGUCCCAAGAUAGGUACUUAUGUCGGCUACUUGAAUGCGGUCACAGUCACAGUGGAAGGGAAUGAAUUAAUUGAUUCCAGGAACCGUCACACUGAAUGUUGCGGUAAAAAUGUGUCGAGUUAGAGAUUAUAUAACCUUCCCAAGAUGCUGGCGACCUGCGAUAACAUAUUAUUAUACCUGGAGUUGGGUUUGGCUGUUCUUCUUGCAGGAAGUCGAAGCAAAAGCAUUGAGGGUACCGCUUCCAGUGCAUGCGAGACGCAGACGACGAUACGCCUACGAGGACACACAUGAGUGGCCAGCUGACGGCUCAAUGGAUUAUGACUUUGAAGAACUACAAACGCGCCAAAAACUUAGCUGAGAUGAUGGGUCUGAAACUGGACUACGCCACGUACAUGAAAAUCCGAGACAGUCAUGAUCUUGAGGCUGGUGGGGGCUUUAACCCUAUGGGGAUGUAGGACGUCUGGCCGGGGUCGAAGAUGGACCAAAGUGAUCAUGAUCAUGACUUGUGUAUAUUAUGUCUUUAAAAAAAAUCGUAUUUGUGGGGAUUCUUAAAUAAAAUUCAAAGAUUA